UGACUGAGGAUGGUCAAGUAGACUCGCCUCGCAACAUGGCAGUAACGUGCUUUCAGUUGACAGCAGUAAACAAUCCACAAUAGCAUGAAGAAAACGAAUCGCCUCGAGUCUGUCUUCAGGAAUAAUCUGCUGAUUGAAGCGUCGGUAUAAUCUAUUGCAGUUUACAGGUCCAUGUGCAUUUAAAAUCAUGGUCUGGAUGUACUGAUGGAUAGGGGCACUUGGUUUCACACAAAAGACAAAGUUAUUUCGAGUCGUUUUGACCUGUGAUCAGCUGAACAGUGAUGUUAUUUAAGUGACAUAGCUGCUAUUUCUCUGCAAACAUAAAUUCGGAUCAGUCUGACGUCUCUACAUCGGAACUAAUAAGCUUCGCUGUCAGAGAUGGACGACAUCGGGAACACCAUGCAGAAGAAAGCUGCUGAGCUGGAGCGCAUGGCCGAAGUCCUCGUUACAGGAGAGCAGUUACGGCUACGGCUCCAUGAGGCUAAGUUGAUCAAAGACAGGAGGCAUCAUCUCCGCACCUACCCAAACUGCUUCGUGGCCAAGGAGAUCAUUGAUUGGCUAAUUGAGCACAAAGAAGCAUCUGACAGAGAUACUGCCAUCAAGAUCAUGCAGAAACUUCUUGACCAGAGCAUCCUUCACCAUGUUUGUGAUGAGCACAAGGAGUUCAAAGAUAUGAAGCUGUUCUACCGUUUCAGGAAGGACGACGGAACUUUUCCAUUGGACAGCGGAGCCAAAGUUUUUAUGAGAGGCCAACGGAUAUAUGAGAAGUUGAUGAACACUGAAAACACACUGCUGCAGACACGUGAAGAGGAGGGUGUGACGUAUGAGCGGACGCUGGUGGCCGUAGAGUUUAUAGACUGGCUUCUACAGGAAGGGGAAAUGCCCUCCAGAGAGGAGGCCGAGCAUUUGGGACGCAGACUGCUGGAGCAUGGCAUCAUUCAGCAUGUUUCUAACAAGCACCAUUUCGUGGAUGGCGGACUGCUUUACCAGUUCAGGAUGAAUUUCCGGCGGCGUCGGCGACUGAUAGAGCUUUUGAUCGAGCGUUGUCGCAGCAUACCGGAUAACCACGACAGCCCUUUCUGUCUGCGCAAACAGGGCUCUGAGGGGGGAAACACCAGCUUCCUUUCAGUAAGUCCCACUAAAGAGAUAAAGUUGGUGUCAGCGAUACGGCGGAGCAGUAUGAGCAGUAGUUGUGGCAGCAAUGGCUACUAUAGCAGUAGCCCCACUCUCAGCAGCAGCCCCCCUGUGCUCUGCAACCCAAAGUCUGUGCUGAAGAGACAAGUGAGCCCAGAGGAACUUCAGGCUCCUGGUGGAGUUUACAUAAAGAAGGCAUUCACAAUUGUGGGAGAUGCAGUGGGCUGGGGAUUCGUGGUGAGAGGAAGUAAACCCUGCUACAUCCAGGCAGUGGACCCCGGCGGACCCGCUGCAGCUGUGGGAAUGAGGGUGUGUCAGUUUGUGGUGGCGGUUAAUGGACUGAAUGUGCUGAAUCUGGACUACAGGACUGUCAGCAACCUUGUCCUCACUGGCCCCAAAACAGUGUUCAUGGAGGUCAUGGAGGAAGCAGAAUACUGAAGACCAGCUCACAACAGCUCUUAAGUGUUUCUGUUCUUCUCUAUCUCUUUUUUUCUUUGCUGGACUUUCUUCAGUGGGUCAGUGUUCUGUUCAGUGGAAUGUUCAGAGAAGUGAACUCUUGAUUCCGUUCAUCAUUUCGAUUCAAACCAUUAGCAUGACACUAAUCCAUGCUUUGAAAUCCGUGCCUCCCAUUGGCUCCUCAUUGACUGUUACGGGUCCAUAUCAGUUAAGACUGUAACUGGACAGAUUAUAUGGGAAAAGCAGCUGCCAAAUAUCAUUUUUAACUGAACUGAAGAAUUUAAAACACUCUUGUUAGGUUUGCAGAAACAGUGCCAAACUAAUAUAUGUGAGCCAUUCAGGUGAGUGCACAAUUCAGGGCUCUUUUAUGACUGUUUCAUCAUUUCACGUUUAAGCUGUGAGAUUUGGAGAGUAAAGGAAUACCACAUUGUAUCAGGUAUUUUUUGACUUUGGUUAAUUAAUGGCAUCACUUUGUG